GUUUCUUCUCCUUAAAGAACACAUUUUAAGAUUUUAUCGAAAGAGAUUUGGAUAGAGAAAAUACCUACUGAAACUAAAUCACGAUCAUGAUCAAGCUCGUCUGGUCGCCGGAAACUGCCUAUAUCCACACCAUUAGAACUGUAAGAAUACUCUAAAUCAGCCGUGCAUAUUUGUUUUACCAUCUUCAAUUUCUGAGUUAUUGUUCUAAGUUCUUGAAAUAUAAUUUCUUUAUGAAUUUGUAUAUGAAUUAUAAUUCAUUAGUUAUUAAGAUAUUUUAUGGUUAUUUGAAAAUAUUUCUGUAAGAGAUUUUUUUUUUUUUUUUUGUAAACUCUGUAAGAGAUUGUUGUUUAGAUGUUCUUGAUGUAUAUGAAACUAGAAUCUUAAUCCUGUUUUAAUUUGUAUAUAUGUGUGCGUUUCCUUAAGUGUAAAUGCUACAAAAAAAUCAAGUGUUUCUGGAAUAUGUAUCGUAGCCGGGAUGGAACACGAGAGGCUUAUCGUCAAGACUUGGAUACAUGGAGAUCCAAUCGAAACCACUGUGGGACUCAUCGUCAAUUCGUCAUGGCCGUCCACACCGGCUCGGUGACAUGAGUUUUUAUUACCCGUCAAAGAGGAUUAGAAUAGGCUUCCUAGCCGUUGGGUCAAAUACAUUGAUCCUCGGUCUAGAGAAACUCCCAUACAAGUACAACAACCUCAUUCAUGAAUUUCUCAAUCUGUGGGUUCUCACUUUCAAAACAAUAAUAUUUAAUAUCAUAUCAUUAGAUAACUAAAUUUUAAUUAUUUAGAAAAGAUAAGAUCAUUUCCAAAGCAAUACAUGGCAAUCGAAUUUCUAAAGAGGUUCUCAUGAUUUAUUUUAAUUUUUUGUUUUCUUAAAUAUUGAAAUAUUCUCUUAGAUAUUUCCAUUAGAGUUGCUCUUAUGAUUUGAAACUAGUUUUGAUGAUAAAAAAACUCCAAUGUUUUUUUUUGGGUAAAUAUCAAAAUUAAUUAGUUUUAAAUAUUAAAUAUUACAUUUGAAAUCUAAUAAUAAUUUCUGGUCUGUAUGUCUAAUAAAAUAUCAGAGCCUCAUAUUUCUUUGCAUAUUAGAAGAAUGUACUUUACAAUUUAGAUUCAAUUCUUUUACAAAAGAAUAAUUAAUUUCUAUGUAUUCACAUAUGCCAAAAAGGAAACACAACACGUAAUUCAAAAUUUCUAAGGUCAAAAGGAAAUAAAAAUCAAGUAGUCAAGAAAAUAAACUACUUAAUAUGACUAAACAUUAAUUCCUUCAUGUCUUUCAUAAGCUCCAUUUUUCAUUUUUAAUAUCUCUCAUUGUCAUCUUUCGCUUUAGUUUUUCUCUCAUCUUUUUUGAUUCAAAAGCCAUGAAGAGACACUCAUCAUCAUUGUCCUCAUCAUCACCUGAUGCAAAAAUCAGAAAGCUACAUCAUCCUAUCAUUGACGAUGAUUGUAUCAGCGAACUCCCAGACGAUCUGUUACGAAUGAUCCUUUCAAAAUUGCCCACUGAAGAAGCUGUGAUGACAAUUCUUUUAUCAUCACUAUGGAUGGAUUUGUGGAAAUGGAGACCUCAUUUCGUCUUGGAUAUGAAAAGGAUCUUGGAUAAAACCCCCACAAAACUUUGGUACAAAGUUUCCGAUCAGUUGGCUAGUUCAAUGGACAAGACUUUCAGACAACACCGCGGCGACCUGGAGAGCUGCACCAUCACAUCCCGAUGUAAUGAUGUUACACUUCAAAACUGGAUCCGACGUGCGACUCGUGUGAAACACACUAAAGAUCUCACGCUAAACUAUAUACAUGGUCAUAAGAGACGUUACAGAGGAACACAUAUGGUCGACUUUCUCCCAGAAAUAUUUUCGCAUCCUAGCCUCACUUCACUGUCACUUAGUGGAUACACUCUAGAAAGAAGACGUGCCUUCAUUAACUGUGGGAAUCUUAAGACCCUCAAGCUUUUGAACAUGUUCCUCUUUCGGGUUAGUACCCUUAGACACGUUUUGGCAGCUUGCUCCUCCCUCGAGGUGAUUGUGUUGGAAAUCUUUUUCGUAAGCGGGCUUGGUGUGUUGAAGAUUGGGAACAAAAAUUUGAAGUUCUUGCAAGUGACUUUCCCUGACUAUGUUGAGAGGAUUGAAGUGAAUGCACCCUGUCUAGAUGUUCUAGACAUCAGGGAUAUCAAAUGUGAGAGCAAGAAUAACUUCAUCCUCACUGCUCCUAACAUCCAGUUUGACAGAAACUAUUGGGUUUCUAGGUGUGUUUAUCGUCCUCACAUUAGCUAUAAUGUAUCAGAACUUGUUCAGGAGACAAAACACACUUGGUAUGAGCUCCUGAUGAGUGACUUUCAUGGUAUGCCAAGGCAUGGAACUUUAUCGGUGAGUAUAGACAUAACUAAUCCUAAAGAAGUGAAGAUAUUGAAGGAACUUUUGCUUAUGUGGACUACUUACAAAAUGAUAGAGCUUGAGAUUUUGUUCAAGACCAACAAUGCUUCUAGAGAAGAAGAAGGUGACUGUUUUAGUGACGGCAUAGCACAUGGGAAGUUGUGGGAGGAUGCAGCACCGUUCCCUAACGCAGAAUUUCGCGUUUAUAAAGUGUGGAUGUAUAACUUCGAUGGUUCGAGUAAGGAGGAGUUUGCGUUUGCCUCACGUAUUGUGAUGCAAAAGACUGUGAUGAUGAAGAUGAUGAUCGAGACCUCAUCGUAUCCACCAAUGAAGAAGUUAGAGGUAGAAGCAGCUGUGGCAAAGCUAAUGGAACUUCCUAAAGGUAACGAAGAUCUUAGUAUUGAGUGCUUCUGAUGAAAGUUUGGUUCCAGUCUUUCCAUAAUCCAUUGCUAGUAUAAGCAUAAACUAUGAUACUAUCUCUUCUUUGUUAAUGUAAGGAUUAUAUGGUUUUGAAUUUUGGAUUAUUGUGUUCAUAAUUUAUGUGACAAAGGAUCUUGAUGUUUGAAAUUUACUUUUGUCUUACUAUGAUUUGUUUUAUUGUGAUUUUCUUCUGGUUAGUAUGGCUUAAUGCUUUCUCAAAAGGGAUUAUGUUAUAAAUUUAUGAUAGAAAAAGGAUUAUGUUAGUUUACAAAAA